CCCUAGAAAGCAUUCCAUUGCGUUUUGUUUUCAUUUUUUUUGCAAGCGUUGUAUUAAGAAGUUGUAAGUCUUAAUCGGUGAUUGUCAGUAACUUCUUUGUACCAACCCCAUAUCAAUUAUUAAAUCUGUAAUUGUCCAUCUCCUGGGUGUCCAUCCACUGCAGUGGGACAACAGGCAAGGAUACAUCCAACAGCUGGGGUGAGAUCCCAAGGCAAACAAAGGAACGCAGCUACACACAAACACGACCGCAAUCACAUCAAUCUCUAGCAUACGCACACUAACGCAGCGAGGGCAAGAGUGAGUGAGAGAGAGAGAGAGAGAGAGAGAAAAUGGGACGCAUAUUUCUGGAGCAUCUGGGAGGCCUGAAGCUCUUCAACUGCGCCCAGUGCCACACGAACCUGACCAACCGCAGCCAACUGAUCAGCACGAGAUUCACUGGGGCGACGGGCCGUGCCUACCUGUUUAAACGCGUGGUCAACCUGACCUUCAGCAACAUCCAGGAGCGUGUCAUGCUCACUGGACGGCACAUGGUGCGCGACGUCAUGUGCAAGAACUGCGGCGCCAAGCUGGGCUGGAUGUACGAGUUCGCCACCGAGGAGUCCCAAAAAUACAAGGAGGGACGCGUCAUCCUGGAGUAUGCAUUGAUCAACGAGGCGGAGGGCUUUCCUGCAGAGGUGCCCACUACGAGCCAUUGAAUCUGAUCGAGAACAGGGCUAGCUGCUGGCAUACCAGUCCAGCCCGCACCGAUCCGCACCCCCGAAGAAACCAUGCAUAAGGCGACUCGAACCGCGCAUAAACCUUAGUAUUGAAUAGCAAGCCGAAGGCGAGGGCUUUUAUAAAUUAAGCCUAAUUAAGAGAACAGAUCAGAUCGCCGUAGUCAAUGAUUGAGCUCCGUGUCUGUGCCCAGAGCGGGCAGCAGCAUCACGACAGAAGACGCACACAUGGCCCUGUCUUAACGUUACUUAAACGUAGUUUUAGGCAUUUAGCACAUAAGCAGCUGCGGCUCCCCUAUUGUAAAACAUACCAUGAGGCUGAACUGCUAUAAGGUUCGGUUCCAGUCGCUGUGGCCCCUCACAAAAGGCAAACCAACCAAACGAUCGAUCCGAACAGAUUACCCAUAAAUAAUCACAUUUGUUUAUUUUUUUAAACGAGAUCUCUAGCCCGUAAAUAAAUCAACAAUAAAUAAAGCACACUGAUUCAACGAAUAUUACAACAA